AUGAAUUGGCUCCAAUGCCUACUUGGGGAAGCAAGAGGAUGCUUUAACUUUGAUAUUACCUACUACCGUAGCAAGGACCCUAUGAGUCCGAGGCUCUAUGAAGACAUUGUUGAAGAGAUUGAGCAAAUUGGGAUUUUCAAAUAUGGAGGAUUACCUCAUUGGGGUAAGAAUAGGAACUUGGCGUUUGAAGGAGCCAUCAAGAAGUACAAAAAUGCAGAGAAAUUUUUGAGGGUUAAAGAGAAGUAUGAUUCAGAAGGGGUUUUCUCAAGUACGUGGACAGACCAAAUGCUUGGACUAAAAGAUGGGGUGAUGAUAGUGAAAGAUGGAUGGGCUUUAGAAGAGGUGUGCAUUUGCUCACAGGAUAGUCAUUGCAAUCCAAGCAGAGGUUACUAUUGCCAGAGCAGCAAGUUUUACAAGGGAGCAAGGGUUUGUACCAUUUUAAAUCCCAUGAAAAGAACAAAUUUAGAAACAAAAGAUGAUCCAUUUAUAUCUGUGUGA